AUGACAGCAUGGAGGUAUGCACCAAGGGCAAAUACUGCGAGAACGGAAAAUUCAGAUAGCCAGUUGCUCAUGCCAUCUACCUCCUCAACAGUGAUCUCAGAUGCAUGUGAUAUUGAAUUUGAGGCAUCAUCUUCUUUCUGCGAAAUCCCCAGCGAUUUACCAUCAGCUGUGCUGGCUGGAAGACAGUAUGAGCUUGGUGAAAAUGUGUUAGAAAAUGAAUCCACUGCGUCUGAUCAUGAGAUGCCCAUAGGUUUGCAUGACAAUUCUGCAUGCCCAAGUGAUGACAGUUCAAAUGAUGAGGAAGACAAUGAUUCCAACCAAGAUGAUGGUCAAGACAAGGACCUGGACCAAUUUGUUUAUGACACUGUACUUCGGCUGGUGGAAAUAAAAGUGCGAGCUGAAUUUUCCCAGAAUAUCUUUGAGGAUCUUCUUCAAUGGGGAAAGGAUAUUGCUAACAAAGUCUACACCAACAUAGCAUGGCCUUCCUGUUGGGCAGAAGUGUUAGUUCUCUUGGAAAAAUUUGGAUACCAGAGUCCAAGCUUAUACUGGAUCUGCUUAGAUGAUAGCCAUCCUUACCUUUUGGUGUUCUUUCUGCAAAGGAUGAAUUGUGUCCUUAUUGUGGCAAGCAGGGAAAAAUCCCUUAUUAUUAUCUCAGUGUGA